AUGGACAAGAAUCCUCUUCUAAAGCACUUCACCCUUGAACAGCCAGGUGCGGUACGGGAGGCGUACGCAUUGGCUAGGAGAAGAAGAAAGGCCCUUGGUACGACACAGAAGGCAAGACGAACGGAGCUUUUCCAAACGACACUGGUCCAUUAUAAAUUCCGGGUGUACUUUAGGAAACCAUGUCUUAUCAACAGACUUUCGGCCGAACUACUGAUGGAGAUAUUAUCCUACCUUCCUUUGACUCCGGAGAACGUCGGUAUCCGAGUCCAUGCCGCUCCGUUUGGACUCCCCGAAGUCCCCGAUGAGAACUCUGGCUAUGAAGCUGGUGGCAUUGGUCACAGUGACGAGUAUGAGGGCGACCUCGAUAUCUCUUCAUAUGCAAUGCGAAUAGCACAACGCAGCAGCGGUUAUGGCACCUGUUUGGCUGAGCUCCAUUUCCAGAAUGGAUGUGCCCGCUUUUGCUCUCAGCAACGUUGGAACUACCUCGAAGUCCUUCGUGUGUGCAAGCACUGGAGAGACACCACGUAUGGGUGUCCCCAAUUCUGGGCCCACAUCGCACCUCAGAACCUCUGGACUGUCGCGCGCUCGCUCGAACUGUCUGGCCAGCUGCCACUUAGCAUCGUCGAGAGCAAGGAACGUCGGAAAUGGCUCUCAGUGGAAGCUAUGUCUCUCGUCCUUGAACAUCUCUACCGCGUUCGUAGUUUGGAAGUGCCCACUCUCAGUAGCGAUGUUCACAGCCACGUUCUAUUGACACAGGUCCUAUUGGACGCGCUCGCGCACUCGCAUGCCACCCAGCUUGACACACUUCACUUGGAGUUACCCAACUUAGUAUCGGGUAGACCCUCUAUUGCCACUCGAGACUGGAUAGAACAGGACUUCCCUUCCCUACGCGUUCUCAUCCUUGCUUCGGUCAACAUGGUAUCGCCUUGUGCUUUGGUGGCACCAACCCUCACGGAGCUCAACUUAAUCGAUUGCACUCCGCCUUGGAAAACUGCCUCCGACUUCUUCCAGACGAUAUCUCAUCUACCUCAACUUGAGGUCCUUUCUCUCCACAAGUGUAUCAGCCCACCAGACUUCGAAGACGAGCGUGCACCGGUGCCGAGUACGACGGCCCUUCCCAUCCCUUUGAAGCGUCUCACUUCACUCGAGCUCGAAGGCUCAUUUCGCUUCAUAGUUCGCGUGUUAUUGGCACUCGAGUUCCCACUCAGCGUCACAUCACUUGAUCUAUCUUACAAGCUCGACGAACACGGCACGAACCUGGGCCCCAACUCCGAGGCGACGCUAUCAAGAGUACGCGACAAAUUCGCCGCUUACGCCAACGCAAUACCGUCGGGCAUACGCCGCUCCACUGUCGAAUACGAAGUCGACCUGGAAAACAACUGCAUAGAUGUCACCCUGACCCGCCGUGCCCCGAACGAACUCGACAUCUCGCUAAGUCAUCAAUGGGACGAAAACCAGGAUCGCCAUGCAGGUGACAUCCUCGCGUUCGUUCGCCAGACGUGCGGCGCGCUCUUCUCAGGGAAGCACAACGUAGCCUUGAGGCUGCUCGUGGCAGGGUCAUUCGGGCCAAUCACUGAGGCUUCGCCGACAUUCACGCCGGAGGCCUGCUUCCAGCUAUUAACCACGAUGAAGGGCGUAUCUCAUCUUCGCCUUUCAGAGCGGGCCGCUCAUGCUUUCAUCCCCUGGAUGGUUCGCCGCCUUCAUACUGCGGCCGACGUCCCCGUCGACGAACAGGAUGGCGAGACGCUCGAUACGGCGGACGCAGACCUCGACGAUCCGCCGGGGUGGGAGCAGGAACGUCAGGAUCUGCAGAGGAAAUACGCAGCGAGGCGCCAACCCAUGGUCGAGCCUACACUCCUGUUCCCAUCCUUGCGCACGCUUGUUCUUCGCGAAUGCGAGCUCUACGACACAGUCCGCGAGGAUGAGUCGGCGCCGGAGGACAUCUUGUUCUCGUAUAUCUGGUUAUACCUACAUGCGCAACAACCGCGGCUGGUCCUCGAUACCGUCGAGCUCACGCCGCGGAUGUUGCAAGAGCUGAGACGCAAGCUUGGCUCGGGCCGUCUGGACGAGCGGAGUGUGUGGCUCGCAGAGGAUGAUGAUCCGUACAUCAACGUUGUGCAAUCGUCGUGGAGUGAGGGGGUGGAAGAGCUGGAGGUUUGUGAGGGGAACCGGAUGAAGAUCGUGAGGACGCCGCGAUGGAGCGUGCUUGAGAAUGACCAGGACCGGAGCAGGACAGAGAAAACGACUGCAAUCUAUGGGUGA